ACCAUUCCACGCCUUCUCCCUCUCUAGGUCUCCUUCCCUUUCUGCUUCUGGUCAGUUUAGCCAUUUUUUUUCCUUCAGGUCAGUUGUUCUCAUCUCCCGUCUUUAUCAAUAUCUUGUCUUUUUUCCCAUCACUUCAACUAUUUGUUGAGUUUCUGUAGACAUACAUUUUCCAGGGAGUAUUUUUGUCACUAUGGCUGAAAAAAGUCGCACACAAAUGAAAAGGAAGGAAAAAGAAACUACAGAAGUGACCAUGGAUGUAAAAGAAGUGAAGAAUGAAGGAGAGAAGGCAGUGGAGCAUGACAAGAGCCCAUCAGCUGAGGCAGCAGCCACCAAUGGUGACCAGAAUGGAGAUUUUCAAGUUGAGCCAAUGGAACUACCUCCAUUUGAAACCAUUACAGGGGACCGGGUAGAUCCUUUUGUGUUUAAGUUCCAGUUCAAGAAUGUUGAAUACUCCUCGGGCCGCAACAAGACAAUCCUCUGUUACUUAGUAGACAGAGGGGACACAGCUGACGGGCUUCUGAAAGGUUUUCUGGAGGAUGAGCAUGCCGGGACUCAUGCAGAGGAGGUCUUCUUCACACAGUGUCUCCCACACUGCGACUCUGCGAUCAAGUGCACAGUCACCUGGUAUGUGUCCUCCAGUCCCUGCUCUGCUUGCACUGCAAAAAUAGCUGAAGUGUUGAAGGCCAGGAAAAACAUUAAGCUGACUAUCUUUGCUGCUCGAUUGUUUGAGUGGGAGGAAGCAGAGAUCCAGGCUGGACUAAAGGCCCUGCACGCUGCUGGCUGUAAGCUGAGGGUGAUGAAGCCUCUGGACUUCUCCUACACCUGGGACACGUUUGUGGAAAACGAUGAGCAACCUCUGAACCUGUGGGAGGACUGCAAAGAAAAUUAUGAGUAUUACCAUGAAAAGCUGGCUGAUAUUCUACAGUAAUGACAGAAUCCUGCUGGGAAUGUAUGCACCACAAUCAUCACUAUUUCUCCUCACAGAUGAUUCAUGUUGUUUUUAUUGUUGUUGAUUAAUAGUCAUGCGUAGCUACAGUACAUAUGAAUCUGUGAUAAAGUAGCUGUGUUUCUAUGAA